AUGGUUCACAUCUCGCGCGUCACACUGGCAGCGAUUGCGGUCUUGCUCACGAAUAUCUCUUUUGGGGCUGCUGAGACUGGAACUGUUGUGCACCUUCAUCAGAGGAUGGGUCCAAAUGAUGAACCAAGGGCAAGUGCAUCAACCUCCGGUGUGCAACCAUCAUGCGCCCCAGUCGCCGGCCCGGAGAAAGACAAUGUCAAAAGAGAUGCAUCCCAGUCAGGCCAGGAUGGCACCCCUUUAGCAGAGACCGUGUCAAAGGAUACCAGAAAGCGUACCAAGAGAGACGAAGAUAUCCCCAAAGCAUAUCUUGUCAGUACCGUGGACGGCAUAACACAAGCUCAAUACGAGGAGUUCGCCAAGAAACCACCACUUGGUGACAAGCAGGGCGACAUAAUCGCUUUCGAGGGACUCGAGUGGGUUUCUUGCCAAUAUCUAAAUCUCACUGAUGCUGAAGCUGCUAUCGUCCGCGAGGACCCCAUAAUAGCAUGGGCCGAGCCGAUCACUGAAGAGGCUGGCGAGGCGCUCGUCAUUCCUCAGCACAGCGCUACGAAUUCACUAUACACCAGGGCCAUGUUGCCUCAAUCACUCAACCAGAGAGACGAUAGUGCGGCUCAUCUCAGGUUACUUUCAGCCAGGAACCAGAGGAACGAUCCGGCACAGCUACCGAACUAUGUCUUCGAACCUUCUCUUGGGCAAGGUCAAACUAUCUAUGUCCUUGAUAGUGGUUAUCGUAAGAGUCACCAAGAAUUUGAUGCGUCGGAGCGCGAGGUUCGGGACUUUGUCGUCCCUAACCGACACACACUCGCUGGAAUCCCACUUAGUGAUGACCAAAAGGGACCAGAGGAUAUGACGGAUAUCAAUGGUCAUGGAACGAUGGUUGCAAGUGUUGCAGCUGGAUAUGUCAGUGGUGUGGCUUCCAAAGCAAAUCUUGUUGUGGUGAAGAUGAGAAACUCAGCUAAGAACCCAAACAACCCAAGUAACCCUAACCUUCUACCACGAGGUGUUACGGACUCGGCACUAGAGUUCGCUUUCGCGUGGACAAUCGAUGAUAUCAGGCGCCAAAGACUCCAGAAUACCGACCCUAAUGCGAGAUAUAUCAUCAAUCUAUCCUAUGGCUGGAUCAAAGAUCAACACCAGGGUAAGAUCAACAUAAUGCAGCGUGCACUCACAAAAUGUAAGGAAAAAGAUAUUACGCUCGUUGUCGCCGCAGGUAACGACGGAGCAUCCCGCACUCUGGAUUCCCUCGUACCGCAAGCCUUUGGUACCGAUGAUAGGUUCAGCAUAAUCACUGUGGGUGGCGUAGACCAGGCUGGUAAAUACUACAGGGAUACAAUCCAAGGCAACGGCCAAGGUGGUCAGGUCGAUAUCUACGCAGACGCAGUCCAAGUUGUUGCUGCGAAGCAUGAUGGAGAUGAUGGCGCCACUAAGCCGUCGGAUGGAACGUCUGCUGCUGCCCCAGCCAUAGCCGGACUCGCUGCAUACCUCUUCAGUAUUCCCGAACUGCGCAGCAACUGGCACGAUGGCAGUGUACCGACAGACAUGAAGGCGUUCAUGCUGAAGAAUGCCGAAGUCAGGAACGACGAUCCUUUCAACGAAGACGACACGUUUCCGGUCUCACCACAGCCUGAAAAGGAUAGUCUUAAAGUGCCAUACAACCUAGCGCUCAAUCAACUUUGCGAUCUCCCAGACGCGUCUGCGAAGCGUUCCCUCUUUACAAAAAGAGCUCCUACUCCUGAGCAGUCGGUUCCUGGCCGCCCGAUCGUCGAAAACGGUGCGGUUACUAACGAGGAUUUGAAGAACGAAAUUUGCAACGUCCACAAUCGCCCGGCCGAGUCCGAACCAGAGCCACAACCAGACUCGCCACCGCCACCUCCUCCAAACACAGCAUCGUGCAAAGUUCUUGAACAGGGCUUGGGCGGCGGUAAAUGGGAGGUCACCGGAUCGGGCUGGGGUGACGAAGCUUCGCUCAAGGAGAAGUUUGGGGACGAUUCGUUCAGCUUCACUGGUGGAGAUACAUUCACCGCAACGUUUUUGAGUGGCAUGAGCGCGGGAGAUAUUGAGAAUGCUGUGAGGGAGAUGUCGGGUAUUGGUGAUGUGACUUGUACUACUUAG